AUGGCAAUGAAUCAACAUCGAUUGCUCUGUCUGUGUCUGCUUCUGUCUUGCUCUAUGUAUUUUAUGGUCGCUACUGUGGAGGCUCGUGAUCAGCAAUGCUACAAUGUUGCUAAUCAUUUUAGAAGUAAACAAUUACCGAUUAAUUCACAUUCGUUGAAUCCUAUACCAGGAACUUCAUUACAACAUUGUACCUGUAAAUGGACAUGUUGUACGCGACAAUCGGAGAAACUCCUUCAUGAUCGAGUAUUAACUGAAUUAGCCUCAAUCGGACCCAAUGAAACUAAUAUUAUGAAUCAUGAUUUAUCUACAUUUAUCACUGAAUUUCAAGGGCAUAUUUCUAAGAAUAUCGACGAUGCUGAAAAAUUCAUGAACUAUGUUUAUGGUGUUGCUUACCCUGAUGUUUAUCCAAUGAACAAGGAUAUUUUUACUCAAUUUUAUUCCUCUUUACGCCAUUUUAUGAAUGGAAAUUUAAAUAAUUUGGAAAAUCCGCUGAAAGAGCUCUAUACUGAAUUAGUUGUUCGAGGUUUUAGUUAUAAAAGUAUCAAAUUCGAUUUUAAUCCUAAAGUACGAAAUUGUGUUAAGCAACUGAUUACAACUAAUGCUAAGAUGCCUGGUUAUCCUGAUAAAGUUAUCGAGAAAACAAAACGAGUUAUGGACAAGACACGUGGCGUUUUGGCUUUAUUAAUUCAGUUACGGAAACAAAUUCCAGCAUUAAGUCAAAUGAAGGCCGGCCAAAGUUGCGAUCGGGCUGUGGUCAAUAUGCAUGUUUGCUCUAUUUGUGCAGCGUUUAGUGUUCCACCCUGCAAUAAAUAUUGCCAGCAUGUAUUAGCAGAUUGUUAUUAUGACCAAGUCUACAUUACUAAGAUUUUCCAUGAUCUAUCCAUCAAUUUAAAGCUAUUAAUUGAGCAAAUAUCAAGCCAUUACAAUAUGAAAGAAGCGUUAGGAGAAUUAACGAAAGAUAUUUCAAUAUUUGUUUCGGCAUUUGAUGCUUCACCUUCAUCGAUUACUGAUCCGAUUACUAAGAACUGCAAGAGUCUACAGAAUAAGCGGGAGAGACGAUCAGCUGAUAAUGAUUUUGUCGUUGAUGGCAUAUCAAAAGAUCAAGUUCACUUACGUAGUAAAAAAGCGGCCAAUAACAUGUUAGCAUCAGCCGGAAUUAAGAAUAAUCGAAAUGAUAAGGCUUACGAGAAAUUCUUACAAAAUUUAUCCAACGUAUUGGAAUCAGGUCAGUUCUCAUGGGAGAAAGUCAUCGAUCGAGCAUGCUUAUCUCAUUUUUCAGCUAAAACAACAACGCAAUGUUGGAAUGGAACUGGUGUUGGAAGUUUCUCUGUUUCGCCGACUUUUGUCUGGAAUAAUCAAAUAUCUGUCGAAUCAACCUAUAUCGCUGAUAGACUAAUUAAACUUAUGGAUACAACCAUUAAAGGUAUUCAAAAUAAGCCUGUGGAAUAUCCACAAUUAGAAAUUUAUAAGACCCCAGCAUCAAGCGGUUUCAGCGGCAGCGGAAACCCUACUGAUAACGACGAUACGAGUGAGGACGAUGAUGAUGGAAAUGAUGGAAAUGUUAGUGGCAACACGUCAGGUGGGUUCUCUGGAUCUAGCGCUAAUCCUGAGGUUAAAGGCAAUACUGGCGGUACAGAAGCAUCUACAACUGAUAAUACACCAACAAUCAUAUUUAAGCCAUUAACAGUAGCUACGCGAUAUAUUGAAACAACAACACCACCGAAAACAGAGCUAACAACAACAGCAAACAAGCCUUCAACAUCGGCGACUACUGAAGCUAAAACAACACAAAGUACUACGAAAACUACUACGAAAACUGUUACAACAAAAUCAAUAACAUCUUCCGAUACUACAAGGAAAGGAACGGUUGGAAAUCAAAAUUUACAAGAGGAUCCAACGACAACGAGUAGUGCUAAGGCUCAUCGAAGUUACUCUACCGCAUCGAUAUUACUCAUUAGCGGUUUAGCUUAUGCUUUACUCCAUACAAACGUAUUAUCAUCGUUAUGA